AUGGUUGGCAUGGAACUCAAAGCCAAUUAAAUCACUGCAACCUACUCCUUUCAAGUGAGAAGGUAGAAAAAUUGAUCAACCUCCUAGCCACCAAAUGGAAACUCCCAAUGCAAAUAUCCUUCCAACAACCAGACUUUCUCUAACCAUAGGGCAACAAAGGGUUAGGGCACUGAUAGUAACAACAUGAGAUGAUUGAAACUUACUGAUAUGCAAUUGCAAAAUCCCAUGUCAAGAGGGCUGUGAUGAGAAAUUUAACCAUGCCAUCACUACAAGCAAGGCUUUCAACUACUAGUGGUACAUGAAGAUGACUUAGAACAUGACACUUCAAAAUAAGCAAGUUGUGAACUAGUGGAAGUAGCACCUGCUAGAACCAUUGAGAUAGUCUCCUUAUCACAAAUUGAGGUCCCUCUCUCCAUAAAUUCAAGCUAGGAUAAUUAGCCCUUAGCAUGCUCAAGAUGAGAGAUACUGUACACAACAAAGAAGUUGCCCAAGAACUUGAUCUACUUGUGGAUGAGACCUUGAGGUAUACUAUCACCUUAGGAGAUAGGUCAACAAUUCAUGGUUGUGGCAUAUGUUUGAGGGUCAAUAUGGAGAUGCAAAGGCCGUGAAUAAUAGAGCAUUUCCUAUUGUUAGAAGGCUACUGCCAAUACUUGAUACUUGACAUCCAAUGGCUAUAGACACUUGGGUAUACCAUGAUUCAUUGGGAGCUAUUAGUGGUACAUUUUCAUGUGAGCGACUAGACCAUCACAUUAUAGGGAAAUCAAAGAUUACUUAAGAUAGGAAUUUCAUUGAAGGUGGUGACCAUCAAAGAGAAAUAUGUGGAAGUCAAGGAUAUGCCUAAGCCCUAGCUCGAUGAGUUCAUCAACAAUACAAAGGAGGAACAAGACCCAACAUGAGAGCUUACCCUUCAGUGAAAAUUUUUGACUUAUUUUCAAAUCGCUGCAAAAUACACCAUCCCCAUGAGAUGUGGAUCACACCAUCCACCUCAAAACUACAUAUGGAGUCCAUCAACAUCUGCCCCUUUUGUUAUCCUCACUCACAAAAAGAUGCUAUGGCUUGGUAAUUGUGCCCAUCUUUCUCGAACUUGUAACAAAUAAGGAUUGGGAUUCAAACUAACCCCAAGUUGUCCCAUAUCAUGAAGAACAUGAACAAAGGCUUGGUAAUUGUGCCUCAUUAUUCGAUAGUCCAAGGGUUGGUGUGUUAUAAGGAUACGGUGGUCUUAACAUCAGAAUCCACUCUCAUUCCCAAACUUUUAGAAGAAUGUUAUGGAGGGGCAGUGGGUGAACACUCUAGAUUCAUCUAUACUUAUAAGAGAGUCACUAGACAACUAUUUUAGCUGGGAGUGAAGAAGAGGACUAGAGAAUUCAUUACAAACUAUCUAAUUUGUCAACAAUACAAGUAGAUUCUCUAGCACUAGUAGACCUUUAGCUUUUACCUAUUCCCAAUAGAGUCCAACAUGAGAUAACAAUGAAUUUUCUAGGAUUGUCAAAUUCCUAUGGUAAAAUGAUAUAUUUGUGGUUGUAGAUCGACUAACAAAAUAUGCUCACUUUGUCUCAAUGCGGCACCCAUUUUCAAUAACAAACAUUGUUGACAUCUUUGUUAAAGAGGUAAUCCAACUUCAUGGGAUUCCUAAGACUAUUAUCUAUGAUAGGUCUCUUCCUAAGACUUCAUGGUAG